UUUCAGAACGCAUAUAUUUUACCAUCAAAAUUUACCAUUUAUGGCCUCUGAAGUUAACCAGUAUUCGGACAGACUGUGCAAGCGCCUGUGCUACGUUCUCCGGUACGGCGCGCAUAAGGAAGGACUGCAGGUGUAUGAGGGUGGGUUCAUCGGCCUGCCGGAAUUGAUGGCUCUGAACAUCAUGCGGCGCAACACGGAAGCGGAAGUUCUGGCGGAAGUGGCAGCUUCCAUCAGCCACCGAGGAACAAGGCGGUUUGAGAUUAAGCUUCAGGACGGGAGGACAUUCAUACGGGCGCUUAAUCAUAGGAACUUUGAAGAGAGCCCCUACCACGCAGGUACGCAUGUGAAGUCGCUCCUGCAGACCACGAUAGACUAUGUAGUGAACAACCUUUCAGAAUACGACCUCACUGACUUCCCGGAUGAACAUAUUAUUAACAAAAUGAUCUUCCAGUUGAAAAGAAAGAAAAAGUUAAACGCGAGGAAUUUUACUAGCCUGUUGGUGCCUGCAUUAGAACACCUUGACCUUUCUUGCGACGUAUAUGUAACCCCCGGAAUCCUGAAAACCAUGUGGUCCACGUGUACUAACCUGCGCGUGCUUAUAUUGAAGGAUUGUGGGUACAUUAUGACUGACGCGAUUGUCGAAACGUUGUUUAAGAAACUCACUCAUUUGGAGUCAGUCAGUCUUACUGCAUGUAAACAUAUCACUGACAAGAGCCUGGCCUCGAUAGUUAAAUACGGUCACAACCUUCGAGAACUUAAUGUAAGCUUUAUUAAAACAUUCUCGAACGCCGCAAUACUUGACCUACUGUGUAACUGCAAGAAACUCACAAUGCUUGACAUAUUUGACGCGGAAGUCAACACGGAGACGCGCGCGCUGAUACCGGAGGUGGCGCGGCAACGGGGCAUCAAGGUGGUCUUGAAGGGGCUGCAUGAUUCGGAUCCAGAUGUGACGUUUGAGAACCCCAGUUGUCUGUUGCCAACGUUUGGGAAGAUUUGGUGAAUUGAUGAGAAGUUAUGAUGAGAUGAUAAGGGAUUUCCUUCCUAGAUAUUGGGCAGUAUUCAAUAAGUGCACAAUGGUAAUGUGCCCCUUAUAGUUUCCGAAAAAUCCGCUACAUAAAUUACUGUACGAAAUAGUAGAGUCGUGUUCUGAGAAAAUAGGGCUUAAUGCAUGUGCGUAGUGUCGUCUCAGAUUAGUCUGUGCAGUCCGCACAGGCUAAUCAGUGACGACACUUUCCGCCUAAAUUGGAUUUUUGCUAAGAAUAGACUUUAUUUAAACGAAAAAUGUCAUAUAAGCGAAAAAGUGUCGUCCCUGAUUAGCCUGUGUGGACUGUACAGGCUAAUCUGGGAUGACAGGUUACGAACAUGCAUUAUGCCCAGUUUUCACAGACCAAGACACUAGUAUAUCCCAAACUCGACUCAACUCUUGAAAGUUAGGUUUGAGGUACCGAGGUGCUAUGAAACACGUUUUGUCCAACUGUUAUUUUGGAUUAUAUAAACAUAGUUGAUUGUUCAUAUAAAAAUACGCAUAUGCUAAAUAUAUUACCUGGUUUGGCACACUUGGGCAAAAUUUAAAAUCAGAAAAUAUAUCAAAUACUGCUUUUAACAAUAAACGUUUUUAUAUCACUUAUUUUUUGAAAUUGCAAAUCAAUAUAUGUCAGUUGUGAUUAAUCGGA